UAAAUUUGUAGUUCCCCCACAGGAUGCCCCUCGCCACACGUGAAGCAUGUCUGGGGGAAACAGAUAGCGAUUCCUGGGGAGGCUGAGAUUACACACAAAGAAUGAGGAUUUAGAAGACGGGAUUACUCCAACUUCGGACUUCCCCACUGAGAUCACAAAUGACCCCGCUCACGAAAAUGACUGACUGAUUCCAUUCUGAGAGAAUUGAGAGGCAGUCUGGGUAUUCUGAAGUCGGAGAAUGGUCUUCUGCCGGUCCCGGAACUUGUACCUCGGGCUGCUGGCGUUUGUAGUGACUCAGCUAGUGAUCGUUGUUGUCGUCUUCCCCCGGAAGUGCUCCUACGUAUCUUGGUUGUGGAGAGGGUGUGUCGUGGAAAAACCCAGGUGCCCGUUGAUCUCCCCACAUCUCGUGGGUAUCACGGAGGUGGAGACUUAUGUUCCUGCGUGGAAAACCAUAGAAGACAACUAUCCCAUGUUACAAAAUGGCGGUCGCUAUCAGCCGCCUAACUGCAAAUCUCGCCACAAGGUGGCGUUGAUUAUUCCUUUCCGGGACCGUGACAUUCACCUGAAAAUAUUUCUAAACAACAUCCACGCACUUCUGAUGCGGCAGCAACUGGAUUACGGAAUUUUUGUCAUUGAUCUGGAGGAGACAAUUCCGUUUAACAGAGCCUUACUGUUAAAUGUGGGCUUUCUGGAAGCCAACAAAGUCCACGAUUAUCAAUGUUACGUAUUCCAUGAUGUCGACCUGAUUCCGGAGAAUGACCACAACAUGUACUCCUGUCCGGAGCAACCCAGACACAUGUCUGUAGCCGUGGACAAAAUGAACUACAGACUUCCGUAUGUGACGAUAUUUGGGGGCGUGUCUGCUAUGACCCGGGAACAGAUGUUGACUGUGAAUGGUUACUCUAAUCGCUUCUUUGGCUGGGGUGGGGAAGAUGACGAUAUGUACAACAGGAUAAAGUUUCACAACAUGACAAUCAGUAGGUACACGGGAGACGUGGCCCGAUACAAGAUGUUGUCUCACCGCCGGGAUCAGGGAAAUCCUAGCAGAUUUGCUCUGAUCAAAUUAGAGAAGAAACAUAACCACCAGGACGGAUUAAGCACCCUAAAAUACACCGUCACCAAGAGGGAGACGAAACGACUGUACACCUACAUCCGGGUGUCAAUUAACCAACGGCAACUUGUGCUGGGUCACGCGGGCUGAGAACUGAAGGCAAUUCUGGAAACCGACAAAUCAACGAAUGUGUUAGUGGUCGUUCAGCGCUUACAUUCCUCCCCAGUACAAUUAGCAUGCUUGUCCAGCGAUCGCUAGAGUGGAAGAGGAGUGUGGGUGUGUACUCGGAAGAACCUCGAAAGCAGAGGCAUUCUGUGUCAAUCGAGAAACUCACUGGCAUUAUAAGAAAAUGGGUGAUAGUGGCGGAUUUAGUUCAUAUCCAUUCCGAGAAACAUUCCAUGAACAUAGUAAAUAAUGAAAUAACCUA